CAUGGGGCGGAGAAGAAGGAAGCCACGUUGACACAAAAAGUGGUGUGUUGUGAAAACCUUAAACCGGGGUCUAGUGCAGCCAGAACGUUUGGUUAAGGGGUUUAGCCGUAAAGGUCUGCUAGAAUAAAGAGCAUGAGUGUAGGGUUCAUUGGUGCAGGCCAGCUGGCUCAUGCCCUGGUGAAGGGUUUCACUGCUGCCGGUGUUAUUGCAGCACACAGGAUCACCACCAGUUCCCCUGAUACAGAUCUGCCCACAGUGACGGGGCUCAGGAAAAUGGGAGUGAAUUUCACAACCAGCAAUAAGGAAACCACCCACAAGAGUGACGUGCUCUUUUUGGCUGUCAAGCCCCACAUUAUUCCUUUUGUCCUGGACGAAAUUGGACCAGACAUCGAAGAUAGGCACCUCAUUGUGUCAUGCGCUGCUGGUGUCACCAUCAGCUCUAUUGAGAAGAAGCUGCUCCAGUACCGCGCCACCCCCAAGGUGAUUCGUUGCAUGACCAACACGCCGGUGGUGGUGCGGGAGGGCGCCACGGUCUAUGCUACGGGCACCCACGCUGAGGUGGAGGACGGGCAGCUGCUGGAGCAGCUGAUGGCAAGCGUGGGCUUCUGCACCGAGGUGGAGGAGGACCUGAUCGAUGCCGUCACGGGCCUCAGCGGCAGUGGACCCGCUUAUGCUUUCACGGCUCUCGAUGCCCUGGCUGAUGGCGGGGUGAAGAUGGGCCUGCCGAGGAGACUGGCCGUGCGGCUCGGCGCACAGGCCCUGCUGGGUGCUGCUAAAAUGCUGCUGGAUUCAGAGCAACACCCGGGCCAGCUGAAGGACAACGUGUGCUCACCAGGGGGCGCCACCAUCCACGCCCUGCACUUUCUGGAGAGUGGUGGCUUCCGGAGUCUUCUCAUCAAUGCUGUCGAGGCUUCGUGUAUCAGGACCAGGGAAUUGCAGUUUCUAGCUGACCAGGAGAAGAUUUCUCCUGCUGCCAUCAAGAAGACCACACUGGACAAGGUGAUGCAGCAGCCGGGUGUCUCAGACACGUCAGUGGGCACCAAGAGCAGAGUGAACCUCUUCAACAACAUAAGCGGAGUUAAAAAACCCUAAGGAAAUCUCUCUCUCUCUCUCACACACACACACACACACACACACACACACACACACACACACACACACACACACACACACACACACACUCAAAUUUCAUUAUAUGCUUAUUCAGGCACAUAUUAAUUCUACCCAGCUCAUCCUGCAAUUGGAGACAGUAUCAGUCCAGAUGCAUACACACACACACACACACACACACACACACACACACACACACACACACACACACAGUUUCAGACUGAGAUGAACAGAAGUGCAUUUCCAGCAUGGUGUCUGUCACCUUGUGCCUCCCUGCAGCCGCUGACGGCGAGCUCCCUGGAGAGCUGCAUUGAGAGCUACAGGCACCAGAUGCUGCAUGUGACAUUACAGAGGGUUGUUUAGGGGAUUUGGUUUGUACCUUCAUGUCUUUAAAACAUUUCAGCCAUAAAGGCAUUACAUAUCUUUUUUUUUUUUUUUGUAUUUGCAUUUUUUAAACAAUUUUUUUAAGUUAAUUUCUUUCAUUUUCAAGCUUAAAAAACAUUAGGCAUUGUAUGUACUUUCAGCUGUUGUUUCUUAGUGCUCUGCCUUAGCACAUGGUCAUUAUAUAUUUAUUAGUACUGUGUGGUUAUUGGCUGUAGCACUUCAUCAUGCCUAACCUAUUGGGUCCAAGAGUUGCAAAGAAUUUCUAAAAAUUCACAGAGAUUUCCUCAUCUAUAGAAGCAGUUGCAAAAAAAAAAAAAUCCUCCCAUUUGAGGUCUUUUUGCAACCUUUUGCUAUCUCUGUUUCUGUGUAGAAGUCCUUCACCACAGUAUGUGAAACUAAAUUACUAUCUUGAACAUAUUGACACGUAUUUCAAUUUGAAGCUUUAAUAAUAACAAUGAUAAGUUCAAUUAAUAUAGCACCCUUCUCAUAUGCAAAUUCACUUUACAGAACGGUAAAAAUGUUGCUUUAUAUGUGAAGUUACGUUUGACAAUUUAAAGGAUAAAAAUGAUUGAAGAAGGCAUGUUUUGUUAUCUAUUUUAAAAAGGGAGAGUUUUUUUGUCAAGAGAAUAAAUGGGUUCACUUCCUGG